UCUGCCAGUAGCUCAUUCAAAAAAGUGAAGAACGGAGCUUGUGUUUUUGUCGAAACGUGAUCAUUAGUUAUGGAGGUUGAGUUGAAUGCAAGAUCAAAACGCCAUUGGGAAGAUUCUUUAGAUGGCGAGACUGUGGAAACUGCACAAGUUAAAUUCAAACGGUUGUUAGGUAAGGACGUCUUCGACGCACCCGAUACAUCUGCAUGCAUCUACGCAUCCUUUCCAGAACUCAUCAGCUCGAUCGUCACGACUAACCUUAAUAUUCAGUUGAUUACUUCUUCCAGGAAGUAACAGAGGAACUUAUUUAACAAAAUUGCUUGAUUUUUUAUGUCUAGAAAGCAAUCAGGGAUUCAAGCAUGCAAGUCUUAACUCAAUGGAUGAAAUAAAAAAUAUAAUUUUUAAGCUGGUUGAUGACAACCGAAGUUUUGAAGGAAUGAUAAGAGAGGUGGGUAGCGAUGAUCCUGUUGGCCCACUGAACAAAGAGUUCCCUCUUUUUAGGGGCUGAUGGCUGAAAAAUUGUUGCGGGGGAUGGCAGUCUUUGCCCUGGAGGUUGGAAUUGAGAAUGUGACACCUAGUAAUUUGACAAGAUAGAAGUUUGUUUCUCAUCUCGGCAGAAUUUUGAAAAAAGAACACUUUGAAGCUAAUUGCCUUCAAAUUAAGUAAAUUCUUACAGCAGUAAAUUCUAAGCAAACUCUCAACUGCACUCACCCACCAGGCUCCAGUUUUUCAAAAGCUGGAUAUAUAGUGGUAUCCACCGGAUAAGUCACUAUCCAGUGGAUAAAUAGUUGGAAAACCAAUUGGGCUAUUCAGUGGAUAGAGAUUUAUCCAUCAGAUAAUGCUAUCCAUCUUUUGUUAAACAGCUGGGGCUCGACUUUUACCAGUCUUCUGUGGAUAUUAAAGUUGACAUAAAAAGAAGUGCAUCAGCGCUGUCAAAAAGUUUUUGAGUUGCUGGCUGAUAAUGGAUAGUAGGCGGCUUUGGAACACGCACCAAAGGCAUAAGUUCUUGAUGGCUGAGGCAUCUAGGGAUAUUUUGAAAUUUAGAGUCUCAGAAAUGCCAUUUCCAGGGGUUUCCAGGAGGUAUUUUCCACCGCGGAUGCCAGAAUACAUGCAAGACUGGGAACAAUGCGGUUGAAAUGUCCCAGGCAUUCCAAACAUCGCAUGGUUCAAGCGUUUCACAGAUCUAAACCUGUUUAAAUAUUCAUUCAAUAUCAUUCAAAACUUGGAAACGGAUGCUUUACAAAUUUUCUUCAAUGGCGCUUUUUUUUGUUAGUAGUUAUGGUAGAAGGAGAUGAAAGUAGCCAGCUAAGGAUGGCUAACUAGCUGGCGGGUUUGGCUGGCUACUGGCCCUUAUUGACAGCCCUGGUCCAUGUCUUCUUAAUACAAAAAAUUUAACAUGUGAGAAAGCAAUUUUUUUAAAGACAAUGGUUAGCAGUCUUAUGGAUAAAAUAUCAGGAGGUAUACUGAAAAAAUGACGUAUAAUAUGCAGAGAAUGGCUUAAAAGUUAUCCAGAAUGAUUAAGAAUUAUAUUUUUAUCUGCCUUUGGAUCUUAAUUUUUUUCAGAAUGAACAGGACAUGGGGUGAAGUGGCCUGUCUGACAUCCCAUUGUCACAUAAUAAUUUAUAUAUUAUAAAUUAAAAUUAAUGUUGACUUAGUCAGAGUAACUUAACCCAUUCGCUCCUGGAGAUUUUGCCGAAAAAUGCGUUUGAAGCUAGUCGAGUGGUUUUCUGGUCACUGUCAUUCUAUAAAGGGCUAAAACUGACCACAAACCCGUUCACAGGUCGCACACUUCACGGCCUUCUGAUCCAGAUGAAAUAUAUCAGCUUGCGUAGUUCGGGCAUUGGCAGAAAGCAAAAUUUCGAGAUAGUUUUUGGGUAUAAAAGUGACACAGCAGUCUUGACUUUUACUUUUCGCUUUCUCUCCUUCCCUCUUUUUUCACUUUUCUUGCCUCAUUUUUUUUUCUCUUGCUGGGCAUUUAGCAGGCAUCAUUUCAGUGGGAAGAGUUUUUAGGAAAGCUUUUAGGAUCUUAGGAUUAGGUGAAAGGAAAGGUAGGUGGGCAAUGGAACAAGAUUUUCAUGGAGAUUUACAGGUCAAUCUUACAUGUUUUUUUGCCAUUUUCUCCAGUGUCCUUGACUAAAUUGUGCUCAUUCUGGUAUGGUUUGAAAGAUCUCUUUACUCUGCACAAGUUAGCUGACAAAGUUGUCCUUGGCUGUUAAAACUGAUAACGCCACAAGGGGUAGAAAGGGGGUGGAUCCACAUGGGCGGUGACGGGCGGUUCAGGGGCGAAUGGGUUAAGUGGUAAAAAAUAUGUGUAUGUUGAUACUUGCUCUUUCAAUAUAUGUUAUCACCAACUGUUCAUUUCAUCAAUAACAUUUGUAGAGCGAAGAUAUCUCUAAUAUAGGAACAUGUGACUCAUGGCAUCAAGAACCAUCAAAGUUAGAAUCAUUUUCUGUGCUUACUGGUGAGUUUUUUUGAUUGGGGGGCAGGGGGGGGGGGGGUUGGGGUAAAACUGCCUGGUUGAGAAUUUUAGCCGGGAUAGCAGUUUUUGAGGGUUAUCUUAAAUCCCCAGACGGAAUUGGUUUUUUUAUAAGAAAGCGGAAUUGCUCUUUUUAUGUGGAAAGGAAAAAGGGAAAAGGAAAAAAAUUUCCUUGAAUAAAAGUUAAAGGAACAAAAUGGAUUAUAUCGCGUAAAAAUGUUUGUUUUUUUCUUCUUUUCUUUUCAAAUAUGUUUUUUAACAAGUGUUAUUUUUAGUAAAAUAUAUGUAUGAGGAGAAAAUUUUUCAAACAGGCGACUCUUUAACAAAUGUCUACAAAAAAUUAAAGUUGAAAGUUUUUUUGUUUGGUCUGCUGGGGUUUUUUUUUGGUGGGGGCUGGGGGGGGGGGGGUGGUUGAGGUAAUACUGUCUGGAUGAGAAUUGUAGCCGAGAUAGCAGUUUCUGAGGGUUAUCUUACAUACCCAGACUGAAUUGGUUUUUCUAUAAGACAGCUGAAUUGCUCUUAUUAUGCUGAAAGGACAAAGGGAAAUAGUAGAAAAUGUCCCUGACUAAACUGUAAAGGAACCAAUUUGAUUCAAAUCAUCUUGGCAUGUAGUUGACCUGUUUUACAGAUCAGUCAUCAGUAGGAAUACACCGCUAGUGAUCAAACAGGGAGGGAAGAAAAUGUUGAUAAGUUGAUUUAAAUGGUUUGAUUUAACUAAGGUAUAGUCAAUACAGCAGGUAUUAUGGAGCAAGGUUGAGAGCAAGGGGUGCUUAUCUUAAAGAGCACUUGUGAGAAUACGCUGGGGGGGUCUGCAGAGGUAUGCUCUUCUGGCAAAUAAUAACAUAGUAAUUUUUCAUUAUGGUGUUAUGUUGCCUCAGUGGCUUGUUCGUCUAGUUGUCUCAUCUUGGUUGUUUGAGUCUCAGUCAUUAACAGCUCAAACUUACAACGUAGCACCUCUCAAACAAGAGAAUUUGUCUGAUCAUUUUGCCCCCUUUUCUUUGCCAAAGUCUGUUGUCAGGUUCCUUUUUUAUGUUGCAUUCUUUGUUCUUUGAAAUAUCAUACCUUUGCUUAACCACAAUUCCAAAUAUUUGAUUUAUAAUUUAUGGCAAUAAGUGGUAUCAAUGGAAGAGUAGAAGAAGAGCAGUUUUCAAUAACAGUUCUUCAUCUCUGUGCCUAAUCUAUCAUACAAAAGAGCAGUGAUUUAAUAUCAAUUGAACUCUGGUAGAAACAGCUUCACUUGGAACAAACUGAUGCAAACCGUAAGGUUUGUAAGCUGUAAGACACAGCUCUCAAAAGUAUGAAAAAAAGGGCAAAGUAUGAACAAAGGACAAAGUAAUGCUAGACACAGAAGAAAAGGUUGAGAUCAGAAGAUUAAGACAUACAUAGUUUUUAAUUGCUGUUUAAUCUGUCUGUUUUUCCAGCGGACAGUUGUGUCAACUUGCUGAAAUGCCAGGCAACAAAGGCAUCAUGCCCUUUGGACCUUUUGGCAGCAGAGAGCAUGGCAAAAAGACUGAUAAGUGUUUGCAAGCCUGCCUCACAACAGCUGUUGGCAGGAUGUCAACUGGUAAUUAUGUCUGACCUAUAAAGAAAACAGUAAAGGAUUGUGAAAAUAAGGAUGUAUGAAUUUCCAUCAUUCUUUUUUUCUUUUUCUUUUCAAGCAAGUAAAAUGCCACAGCCAUCUCAGUACUGUGUGUGAGUUGUUUAUGCAGAUGUUUCAAUGCAAUGAAGGCUUUAACAAACAAUUGUACAGUUACUUCCUUUUAUCGCCGCUAUAUUAGAGUGAGGGGCACCCUCAAAGUGAUUACCAUUUCAAGUGCUAUUAUGGAGAAUGUUCCAAGAAUGGUGAUUGUUUUUUUGGUGAACUGAGCAGAAUUAUAGAAAAAGAACCAUAAAACAUUUACGUUCAGUUGUGUUGAGGGAAAACAGAGUGACACACUUGACUUAUCAAUGCCUAUACUGACCACUGAAACCUUGUGAUGUCCAAUUUCUGUGUUAAACAUUGUUACUACUGUUUCAGUCAUAAUUUAACUUAAAUCACAGAGUACCUCGAUCAGGUGAUUAUAACAUCCUGAACUUGUUAUUUUUUCCCUCAUUAGACCCCAGGUUUAUUUCUAGUGACAAUUCUAUUAAAAACUACACUGCGAGCAGUGGUUUCUCCUGGCCAGAUGCUGUGCUUCAAAUCAUUCGGCUUGGAGAAACCACGGCUCGCAGGCUAAUUAAAAACUGAAUAUAUAGUUUCACUUAAUUGCUAUAAUACGUAACUCAUGAAUUACUUGUUGUCAGACAUUUGUAAAGAAAGUAAUGAUUAAAACAAAAAACAGAGAAAAAGCUUCUGUGUUUUGUUGCAUGUAAUAAAACUGUGGAUAAAGUCUGGAUCUGGAAAUGGUGUUUGUUUGUUUAUUGUAGGACUCUGUGCUCAGUGUUGUAAAAGUGAUAAAGCAGAUGCUGGCCAAGCAGUGUUUCAACAGAGUUUAUUUUGCCAAGCAUUUGACUAGUAAGGUACUAAUGUACUAGUCCUUAAUAAUAUUCUCUUAGCUUAAAAACUAGCUGCCUUGAGUCAAGUGGUAGGUCUAAAGACUAAGCCAUAAGUUAGCACAUACCACUAUGAUGAAAGAGACAGGAAGAUUGACCUGUGCUCAAUGUGACCUGCAUUUCAGAACUGCCCUUAGUCAAAAGAGGUGUAAAUUGAAACUAAUACUUGAGCUAUACUUCAUGAAUUACCUUGUCUUAAAAGUUGUUAAUCAUAUUUUGUAGGGUCCUUGUCUUCCCCUGGAAGUUGUCUGGUUGCUACACAAGGACUGUAUAGUUUCCUUUGAUACAUAUUUAGCAUGGUAAGGUAUUUUUAAUGUAUAUUAUCGUACUGUGGUAAUCAGGAAAAUCUCAAUGUCACCUGAACCUGAAUUGAAGUACAUCAUUCAUUACGUUAAGUGAACUUAUCAACCAUAACUCACCUUUUUAACUUACUACAUUUUUUUUUACUUUUUUCUAAGCUGUUUGCAGUAUGAUGAAACUGUGGAAGUGGUUUCUCAUGGACUUUUGUCUCUCUGUACAAAUAUAACCAACAAGGAAAAGCAAGGAAGUAUUUUGUCAGGUUAAUCCUCUAAAGAGCUGACACUAUAUGUGUUUCAUCUAUUUUUAAUGAAAUUAUUGAUCAAAGAAUUUUUCAAUAUCAAAUUCUUGUUUAAAACCACUAUUAUUUAAACUAAAAGUAUCAGUAAAUGUCUUCAAACUAUUACAUGGCAUCAAUGGAUCCUCAUUAUAAUUAUGGUAGAUAUCACAAGAUUUUAAUGGAUUAUGUAUUUAAGAAUGGAGUCUCUUUUAAAAUUAAUGGAUUGGAACUUGCACACUGACAAGACCUAUGAUACAGUCAAUGUAAAUAUGUAAUAUUUUUAAUCAUUUUUGUGAGUUUUGUGAUAGCAUUUUAAAACUUAAAACUUUCUUUCAGUUCUUUUAGGAAGAUUGAUUUCAUUUUCAUUUCUUGAAAACAAGACAAAGGAAGGACCAAUUAUUGCAAACAACAGAUUAGAAAAGGUAACAAACUUGUGAUUAAUUAUUGGCUUGUUUUCUGUUUAUAACUUAACCAGAUUUAUGUAUUUAGAUUUCCCAGGACAUCAUGGAUAUUGUAGUAGAGAAAAGUGAUUUUCUGCUUUACCGAAAAAUGGACUGUCCUCCACAAGAAGAAAGUAAAGAAAGGUUUGUUAUGAGCAGCUGAUGUGACAUUAGGUCUAUAAACUUAUGGCUAUGGGUAUAGAAAAGUCAGAGUGCCCAUUGAGCAAUCCCAUGAUUCCUUGGGUACUCUUCUGCCAAUCUACUCACUGGAUUUUUAAAGAACUACAAUCUGAAACAAAAGUAGUAGGAAAAGUUGUUUUUACUGAACAUAAUUUCCUGGCAUAUUUUCAUCCAGCAGUGCUUGAUGUGGAAUUCAAUAGCUUUUAUCGUGUCCUGAAUGUCCCCCUUGAUCCCUUUUCAAAGUUAGGAAACGGAACAAGAAAAAUAACUCAAACAAUUCAGUCUUUUUACAACAUUAAACCAGAAGUCAGGCUGGUGAAGAGAAGUCAAAAUGUAGUUAAAAAUUGUUAUCCUUCCCAACGGUUAAAUUGUCUCUGAUUGUAGAGGAGCACCAUAGUUAACCAAAAUUUGGUUAUCUAUGCAUCCAAGAAAUUUUGGCUCUCACAAAAUCGUCUCUUGUCAGUAUGUAUGUCCCAGGGUAUCUGCUGACCAGUGUCACAUGACUGGAUCAUGGGUUCAGGUUUACAACUCUUUAUGGUGAUGUACUUUUUUUCAUCCUCUUACCAUGCAGUUAUUAGUUUUCAAUUGAUCACAGGCGGCCCAGGUCCAUUUUCUGAGGAGGAAGUCAGUUUUCUUUCUGCUUACCUGUACAUCCAAAUUUGAAUGACUUGAGAAAUACAUUUCUUAAAAGAUCACUCUAGAGCUUCGCUGUUGGCCUUGGCUAAAUUUAUAUAUUAGGAUUUUUGCAUGGUUCAUACCUGAUGUAAGGUAUGAGACUGCGCGAAAGUAUCAACACUAUACAAUGUUAUUAAAUGAUAAUCUUUAUUCUACUAGUUUGAGGACUGUAGACAGCUAAGAUUCAUGUGAACGGUGAUCAGUGUGAUUGGGAGUAGAUAACAGGGCCAUUUGCAUUAUACCACUAAGGCUGAUUUAAGGUUGCCAACAAGGGUUAGAAAUUUUAAUCUUUUGUUAAUAUUACCCCACAGCUAUAAUUCUUGUUUUCUCUUUGUAGAUUUUGUGUGUUAGAAAUAGUGAGAAGAUUAAAUGAUAUACCAUGGCCAGCCAUAAGGAAGUUCUUUUCAAGGCAGCUCAAUUUGUUCUUUAUGCAACAGCCAGAUGGUGGUAAGAAGGUUAAAUAACAAGCAAACAAACCAAACCAGAAAGGAUUGACAGAAACUUUUAAUGUUUUCCCUUUCAGUAAACUUUGUUUUGUUUAAUUUGUUGUAUUAUGUUAAAUAGCAGGUGUAGUACAGGUCUAUUGCAUGAUCUCCUCAUUACUUUAUAGUGGACCUCUCGCAUGUGCAAAGCAUGCACAGCAGAGCAAGAAAAUUUGGUUAUGCAUCGAAGAAAUUUUAGCUGAGAAAAUCGUCUGUACGACGUACAUCCACCCCUUCAUGUAAGUUGGGUGAAAGUUUGCAUUUCAAGCACCCAGGCAUUUUGGCGGUAAAUCACAUAGCCGCCCGGACUUUUAGAGACAAAAAAGCAACAACAACAACAAAGCCGAUUCUUUCUUUUGACUUAAUUUUAAAGUCUACAUUAACGUGGAUAACAGAGAAAGAGCUAGAGCAAGAGAUAGAAAACAAAGCAGAACAAUUUUGUUGGAAGAAAAACAUGUAAAAUUUAUAGCGGCGAUGAGAAAAUGAAAAAUGCUAGUGGCCACAAAGGUGAAAAUGAGUGUCAGCAAAAAAAAGUGAACACAGGAACACUCAACAUUAUCUCCAUAAAACAUAUAACUACAGUGUGGGAAGUUUCUGGAAGUUUCAUGUUUUAAUUAUGCAAAACAACAGCAAAGAAAUGUGCCAAAAGAGUGUGCUCCUGUUUUCAUUCCCGUUGCUGCUUAGCAUUACACGAUUUAUACUUUCUUUGAGUAAACUUUAGAAAUUAAUGAGAGCUUCACUUUUAGCCCUGCUAAAUCUAUACAUUAGCCACAAACAAGGCUGUUGAAGUGCAAACACUUGCACAAGAAGCUUCAGACUCCAAAUGGUUUUUAACUUAAGGAGAAAGGUAAUAUUUGCAAUAGACUAGAGUGUUUUGCUUGUAAACCGCAGACAUCUUUUGAGUUAGUUGAUUGAAUAUGGGUUUUCAGGCCAAAAAAAAGCUUGUCUUGAGUCUCCUAUUUUUUUAUUCGAACUGUUUAACCCUGAUAAAAAGACCGUUGAUACUCUACUUACUUUUAAAUGUUUUUAUUUUGGUGUUAUUUGUUUUGUUGUAGACACUCCAAAGCUUGACAGUCGUGUUUUUUGUAAACAAAAGGAUUUUAAGUUCUCAACGCUUAAUCAAACUGCAAGGACAGUGAUUGAACAGGUAAAUCGUCCAGAAGUAUCUUUUACACUGCAUUGUAAUUGAUCUUAUUAUUUUAAACUUUUAUUGAAGAGAAUCCAUCUAAAUCUCUGCUUAAACAUUAAUCCUAUAUAGCAAGACAGUGUGAGGAAACAAGUACUGUUUUAAAAUUGACCUCACACGUAACUUGCGUUGUUUUUUAUUUCAGUUUCUUUUAAUCUUUGAUCCUAUGACUCUCAUUGAGUGUCUGAAGAAUGCCGUUUUCAAGGACCAGGUGUGUGUGGUUAACAUAUAAAUGAAAAUUGUCAAAAAGGAUACUCUUCUAGUACAGAGAAUGUUAAUUUCAGUUAGGAAAAAAUAAAUUUUGAAGAAAAGUUAGGAAAAAUUUAAGUUUUACUGAUUUAAUACCAUUUGUUACGUUUAAAAGAUGCUUUUAAGUUCACUGUGAAACUAAAGGUUUUUGAAAUUUUUGGUUUUUAUUGUCAUUUUUGUAGCCUUAAAGAUAUCUGUGUUAAGAAAAUGUAAAAGUUUUGGAACCAAAACCAUUACUUGGUUACGAUCUCUUAAUUACCCCGUGUCAUUUCUAGAUACCGGCUGUAUCUACUGUCAUUAAACCUUGAUGAGCUUUAUCUUAGUGAGACUUUGAGAUCAACUCUUCUUUUUUCCUGUAGGUUAACGUACCAUGCGUCCUUUCAUUUCUCUCGUCGUUUGUUGUUCUUGUAAAGGAGGCUGCAUCCAUGAUUGAAGGUAGUAACCAGAAACGUUUGUGCCUCUUUCAUUACCUAAUUUGGCAAAAUUAUUACCACACCUCUGAGUUCUUGCAGGACGUUUUUAUAUUUGUUGUUUGUUGUUUUAACUUGAAUUAACCUUGAAAUGUUUUGAACAAGCUACAGCAGGAGUUGCAACCUUCUCUUUUUUGGGGGUUGUACUGCCAGAACUUAAAGUAUUUCCCAGUGACAGUCAGUAAAUGUAACUUUUGUUGAUUCCUAAGGUUACGUCAAUGAUUUGUUGAACGAGUCAUUGAAUAACAAUGACAGUCAUUCUCUUCUUAUUGCCUUCGUGAUGGUCAGACAAAUGUCGUUAGAAGGUGGACAUGUUUUUAAGCCUUACGUCAUGUGGUUUCAGGUAAGACUUGUUGAGAUAAGUACACCAUUAUGUUUGUUAUGUACUCUUUAUGCUAACGUCCAAACAACUCCUCUAAAAUCAGUUAAUUUGUUGCUUCAUCUUAAGGGUAUAGUUUUUCACUGAUUUCGUUAGUUAUUAUUUCCAAACGGAUGGCAAAUUACUGUAUAACGUUAUUUGGACAUUGGGAGAAAUAGCACAAUUUAACAUUCAGUUUCCUAUUGCUAAAUUCCUGUUGCCGUAUUCGAGGGCAACUUUUCUCAAAAUUAACUUUAUUGGAUCAGUUGUUGAAUAUAAUAAGAAUGAUAAUUAAAAGAUAUGAAAAGUGGAGUUAUGACCUUUCAUGUAUGUUAACGUGUGAAAAAUUUAUCCCAGUUGUUUACACGACUUAGUAAAAGAGGAACUGAAAUUUCGUAUAUUCACUUUCAUAUCUUCAUCUCCAACGGGUGUAUUACAAGCUUAAAAAGUUGUCUGCUGUGGCCCAGUUGUUUUGUUAGGUUAGUUGCACUGGUAUCGCAGUACCAUGGGUUUGCGUUUUCUCCAGCUUAGAUGUUUUACUUGUAAAUGACAAUGGUAGUAGUAAUAGCACUCGAAGUUGUUCAAUGUGCCGUCGCUAUUUGUGCUUGCCUUAAAAACGUUUUUCACCACACAAGAAAUAUAUAACUAAUUGCACAUUAAUAUAGUACAAAACAACAUAACUUGAAAGUAUGAGUAAACAUACGUAACAUACCUGAAAACGCUGAAAUAUAACUGGUGCAUUUAACAGCCCAAAAGGGAUUUGCUGACCAAAGAACCUUGUAUCAUUGGUAGCUUCUUACCUGGCUUCACUGUUUAUGUCAUGAUAUUUGUUUUAGGGUUACUUUGGUGAUCAAGGAAACUUAAAGUUGAAUACCAAGAAAAGUGUGCAGUUUUUCAUAAAGUUUCUCUCUGAGCUUGUGCCAUAUGAGCCUGCUGAAUAUUUGAAGGUAUUUUUAUCAUAUUGUUAGGGUAUUGUGGAUAUGUCGCAACUAUUUCAUUUUUUAAAAAUAAAAAAAAAUAAUGUUUAAUAUUUGUUUAUGUAUAUGUUGUUUUUGUUUUGUGUGAAAAAAAAAAAGAGAGGGAGUAAAACGCCCCAUAGUUAUGUCUACACAUGCACCCCCCCUUCUGCCCCCCCUCGGGUAUUUUUUUUUUUAGAAGUUGGGGGGGGGGGGGGGGGGGGGGGCUUAAUAGAGACUGGGGCCUUAUUCAAUUUAGCAAAAAAUAUAGUAUCAGUUCUUCACAAUAACGAGAAUGCAAGGUGGAAAGGCUCAAGUACAGGAAGUUGGAGGUCAUGCAGCUGAGGUUAAAAAACAAAUCCGGACUUCCAGCUGGUGAAUAAACCAUCCUGUAUUAGUCCACACAAAGUUAUACAGUCGCAAUAGACUCCUGACAGUCAUGAUUGAUUAAUACAGUCUAUCAUUUAUCAGUGAAUAAUAAUAAGGGGCAGGGGGGAGGCUAAAAAGACAGGGGGGCUUAUUAACCUUCUUCCACUGAAAAGGGAGAGCCUAUUUGAGAGGAGGAGGGAACUUAAUAGAAGAUUUACGGUAUUUUUUGUAAGAAUCUUGAGCAAGUAAUAGAGCUAGGACACCAAAAGAAUGAAAUGAUAAAGUUUAAAUAAAACGAUUUGCAUGAUAAAAAGUGGAGACGAAAGUACUGUAAAAACGUUACUUACACGUUAACGUUGUUGAGUUGUCUGUGUCUGCGAAAUAAACUAUAACUGAAAUAAACAAAAAAACAUUGACAUAAAAACAUCACACGGCCUACAACGUAAUCCCAAAAAAUAAUUUAUGUUCUCUUCACCAAUCAUAGGUUCACAUUAUCAAAGCUCCUCAAGUACCAAGCAAAUUACGCGAACUCGUUACUGAUUAUGCGUCCUUGGCAAAGACUAGACUGAUGGACCUUAGGGUAAUGUUGAAAUUAAAAGAAGGCCUUGGUAUUGUUAUACUUUAAAGGGACUGCAAUCGGGGACUAGAUUGAAAUAAUGUCGUCAAAUAUUUUUACAUCGGAAACAAAACAGUCUGGUCCCCCCCCCCUCCAUACUCCCCACGUACAUUACCUCAGUAUUGGAGGAACUGCAUUGGCCCCCCAGCUAAUGCGCUUUUUUAUAUAAGCAGAGCCAGGUCAAUAACUUGCUGGCAGCAAAAAUGAUAUGUUGUUAGGAGAUAAUCCGUGACUGUUUGUAGUCUUGUGCAAGAAGGAAAGUCUGUAUUUUUUGGUUUACCUAAUCUGUUUGUGAUUGCUAUUUUGAGCAGGAGCCUGUGGAACUCGUGAGAAUGUAUGGAGACAGUUCUGCAGGGACGGAGGCAAAAAGUGAACAUGCAAAGGUUUGUAUUAAAGAACAAGAAGAGCACUCGUGAAAAACGCCAAUAGUGGAAAUAAAAUGUGCUCCUGUCAAUUUAAUUGAGUCAUUUUUAUUUCAUACCAGUACUGUAUAAAGGUUAAUGAACAUUUGUUUGUCAUAGCAACUUGAGCAGGCUUCUUCAGAUGUCGAUAAAGUCCUUGACGCUUAUGAAAAAUCCGGCAAAGUACCAAGCACUGUAAUGGAAGCAAGGUGAAUAACUUGAACUUAAGUUAUGUACUUGCUCGUAAGUAAUGAUUGGUAAAGCUCUACUAUUGAAUAUUAAAAAAUGUUUUGGAAUCCGUUGGCUUUGAUACUUAGGGUACUUUUUGUUACAUACAUUCACUAAUCAUUGCGUGCAUGCAAUUUAUUCAUUUUCCUUUUUUUCAUUCAUUCCAGUAUAUUCAGGAAACCUUAUUUUAUAGGGAGAUUUCUACCUGCGUUGCUAACUCCAAGAAAGGUUUGCCGUCUCUAUUGCUUUGCUGUUUCUCCUAAUCACUGAGUUUUUAAAUGUACUGUGUAGAAUAAGGAGAAGAGUGUUUAAUGAGGACAUUUGAACACGGAAAGAAAGAUCUGCACAAGGACAGAAAGAUUAUCGCAUAGUUGUUGAAACACCUUUUCGCGGUAAUUGUUGGCUUUUCAGUUUUAAAAUCUUUGCAGGAAAAUAUGAAAUGACGGUAACGUUCUUUAAAUUUUACGUGAAAACGGUUCAGGUAUCUUAUGUAGUUGUCUUUAUCUGUAUGUGGUAAUUUUUUGGUAAUUUUCCAGAAAAAAAGCAUUUAAAAGAGAACGUUUAGCCUUGUCCAAGCAUAUUGCCAAGCUGGUAUCUUGUUUUGUUGUACUAUUGAGGUAUAAUGUUCCGCGUUAAUUUUUAGAUCCCUGAUGAAGCUGACACAAGAGCUCAGCUCAUUGAUGUUCUAAGCAAGUAAGACUUUUGUUCCAGAUGCUUCCUUGAUUCUUAUCCGCUUGUGGAUAAGCGCUGGUCUGUUGAGCGGGAGGUUACGGAUUCAAAGCCUGGCAGGACCAACACUCAAGAUCUUAAACUAACUGAUGAGAAUAUGCUGGCCUUUUUCUUGUCAUGUAUAAAUGGUUAGACAUAUAAGGCCAAAAAAACCGUACGCCCUGUCUCAACGCUCUUUCACUGUUUUGAUUCUUGUGGGACGUCAAGGUACAUGUACUGCUCUUUUCAAAGAGUGGGGCACGUAGACCCCGGUAGUGUGGUCAUCUGUAACCAUAUGCGCGGUGUCUUUAUGUGUGUUUCGCUGUACUGUACCAGGUCCAUAUUAACUUUUAAGCGGCCGAAAAUAUAAACUGCUUUAUCCAAUUGAAAUGAUAAUGAUGCACUUGAUGCUGUUCAUGGAUGUCUAAGUUUGCUAAUCACUCUUCAGUAAUUAAGGCUUGGCUUCAAUAGCCUGAAAAAAGUUUGGAACGUCUUAGACAGUCAAGACUAUCAGAGCGAUAAUCUUCGGGAAACUGGGCCUUAGAGAGAGGGAGUGAUUGCGAGUCGCGAGUCGUAAGGUACUCUGCCCCUCAUGCUAGUAACACAGAGGAGUGCUGGCGAAGUCUUCAGGACCCGUUCAGCAUGCAAGUCUGAAAAAAGUGCCAUACCAAUCUUAGGAGAGUAGCGCCAUUUCCAGUCUUCUGAACUUCUUGAAGCGUAAAAAGUGAAUAGUUUGGAUACAAAAGACAAUCAUUAUUUUUCAAAGGGACAGCUUCAAACAUACACCAACCCACUGAGCAUAGACGCUUUUUUCAAAUAUCGACUCUGUUUCCUCCACGAAAUCUAACGCCGUUGUAUUUAAAAUUGCCAUGCUUUCCAUUCCUUACAAGGAUAAUUAAAUUUGCUAAUAAAAAGUUUUUCUAUGUUUCACAGAGCUGGUAAAAUCCCUAAAAACAUGCUUACCGCGUAUCAAUCAGCGUGUAAGAAGACCACGGAACAGAUUGAAGGUAGAGCCUGCUUUAUAAGCCGUUCGUACUACGCCUUAAGGGGAGGGGGAUGUGUUUAUAUGGUGUUUGGGCAGAUGAAGACAAUAAUUAUGUUCUAACUUUAUUGACGAGCAUUGAGUAUCAUGGGAUACGUGCGUUGAAACACCUCUAAGCUGGAGGGAUUUAAGCCAAAAAAGAUAUAAUUACCGUAAAUAUAUAAAGACUAUAGCUGCUGGGAGAGACCGUGUCUGGCGGCCUGCUAAAUCAAUACAGUUUCAGGAUACAGGUCGCGAAAGGGACCUCACACUGUUUUUUCUGAACUCAUUUGCUAACACAGUCAUCACAAUCCACAAAAUGAAAAGUAAGAACCAUAUUGAACAACAUCAAGAAGGAGAAUAUCAUUCAGUAAAUCAUAACAAAAUAACGACUACCUUGCAUAGGAUAACAAACAUCACCACAUCAAAAUUUAAUGGCUUGUGAGGUUUCACUUUGUUGUAACAUUAAAGAAGUUCAUUGAAACGUUUUAGACAUAAAUUGAACUUUCAGAUAACUUCGUGUAAAACUUACUUUUAAAUUUGUCUUUCUUUUUUGCGGAAAGUGAGUGUGUUGGAUGAUGAAGGUACACUGAGCGGAAUGCAAAAACUCAUCAGCUGCUUGGACAAGCUUACCAGACUCAUCGUGGAAUCAUUGCAGUUUUCUGACUUAUCAAAACUAACAGGUAUCAUUUGCUCGGGGGCCUAAAGUAUGCCUAUAAUUUAGACUUACUUUUAUGAGGACGAAAGGCCCACUUUAACUGUACCGUCACAGUUAAUAAAGUUAAAUGGUUAUCAAGUCCGUCAGACUCUUUUGUUAUGUACUUUUGUUAGCUUGUUUGUACAACGUUCAAUNAGGAUAACAAACAUCACCACAUCAAAAUUUAAUGGCUUGUGAGGUUUCACUUUGUUGUAACAUUAAAGAAGUUCAUUGAAACGUUUUAGACAUAAAUUGAACUUUCAGAUAACUUCGUGUAAAACUUACUUUUCAAUUUGUCUUUCUUUUUUGCGGAAAGUGAGUGUGUUGGAUGAUGAAGGUACACUGAGCGGAAUGCAAAAACUCAUCAGCUGCUUGGACAAGCUUACCAGACUCAUCGUGGAAUCAUUGCAGUUUUCUGACUUAUCAAAACUAACAGGUAUCAUUUGCUCGGGGGCCUAAAGUAUGCCUAUAAUUUAGACUUACUUUUAUGAGGACGAAAGGCCCACUUUAACUGUACCGUCACAGUUAAUAAAGUUAAAUGGUUAUCAAGUCCGUCAGACUCUUUUGUUAUGUACUUUUGUUAGCUUGUUUGUACAACGUUCAAUAACAUUUGAUCUUCAUUUAUAUACCUCACUGUCGAACAGAUUUUCGAAAAUUCUCAGUUCAGUUUCACGGGGCUAAGUUUUUCAACUCGCUAAGUCGUGAAAUUCAAAACAGUGAAAAUGUCACUUUGUUUGGCAAAGGACUUAAAAAAUUCCUUCUCUCUUGGUCAUUUAUACUCUUUGUUGAGCAACAUACUUUUCGUUUUCUUUUUCUUUCUUUUCCUUUACUUUUACUAAGAGAAAAUAAUGCAUUUUUCAUUCAGUAACUUAACUCACUUGGUGUUACCUUAUAGUGUCAGGAAGCCUAUAGUGUAUAACCACUUUGAACAUUUGUAAAAUGAUUUAUUUCGCGUGUCUGUUAUCUUUAAUAGAUUAUAAAUUUCUUGUAUAUUGUUGAUGUAUUCUUAUGUGGUUAAAGGGGACAAUAAAUAAAUGAAUGAAUCUUUCCCACCAGUAAAAACGUCCUCUUAAUUUAGUCAGUCAAAAUUUGUGAACAAGAAAAGGAUUGUGUACCGUCAGGGAGCUUCCAACCUAAACUGCAGCACUGUUAUUUUUAUCUUUGAUGUUUGCCGCCUUUUAUAACCAGUCUCCUCUAGUAACUAUGGUUCUAUGGAUGGCUGCGAUUUUAGAGCCCAGCGCUUUCAACGUGCCUACAGUUAGCGAAAAACGUAUUGCUACAAAACACGGUUCCUGCUUUGGAGGCAUUUAGGAGAAGUGAUACGGUUAUCAUUCUCAGCAAAUUGUCCCCAUAAGCUGUCCAAAAAAGGUGCUUGUCCAAUCAAGAAUAGGGACCUUAAGGUGAUGUUACACAGGACGAUUUGCAACGACGAUUUUUAGCGCUGGACAGCGUUGCAAUGUUGGAACAAUGUCGCAACUAUGCUGCAACGCUGUGUUGCGCUAAAAAUUCGUCGUCGCCAAAUGCUCGUGUAACAUCACCUGUAAGUAACGAUAACGACGACGAACAACAACAACGUCAAUAACAAUUGGUUUUAUGAGCAAAACAACUGCUCUCACGCUUUUUAGUACAUUUCUUGGACGUCCACUGCACGACUACGACGUGAAAACUCUCAAUGUGACGGUUUAUGGAUGACGUGGACAUACUACGACAAUUUGUUCCUUCACUAUUUGAACAUGGAUAAAGCCCUUGAGAAUUCAACUCCAGGAAAAUUCGCCUACAGUUGACGAAUUGAGCGGUUCAAAAUAGACGCACAGUUAUUUUUUUGUGAUGUUUCACUUCCGUCGUCGUCUUGGUUGCUUAAGGUCCCUAAUAUUAAGGGAUCUUAAGAUCCGAGGACCAAGCGGUAGCGAAAACCUCGCUUAAAAAGUGAUUUCGCUUUCUUUCAAUCUUCAUCGCAGUUAUUCCAACUUUGCUACAUUUUCGGAUGUCGACAUACUCUCCUGGAGCUGAAUUUCUAUUAAGUACCAUAUCCAAGUUAAGAAAGAGAAAAAAAUUUCGUUUUCGCUUGUUUACGUCCUCCAUAAAAGGUGCAGUGGCGGGAAAGAAUUGUACAAAAAUUGUACCACACAUGAAAAGUUGUUGUUUUGCUAAUCUAAACUUUUAAUCUUUUUUGACGUUCUCGUUGCCGUUGUCGUCGCCGUCGUCAGGCUCUUAAGGUUGCUAGAUAGAUAACAAACAACGAAGAGAAAGCUGGGCUUUAUCCACCUUAAUGCAAAUGUGCCUAAAGAAGUGCCAGUCUUCUUUACUGGUAUACCCGCUUUGAGAGAGCAAAGAAGAUACUAUUUGUCUACGACUUGUUUUAUAUUUGCUGUAGGGAGAAUUUCAUCCCAGUUGUCAAUUAUCUCUGCAACCAUCCAAUCAAUGACAAAGGUAUCAGAUGAAAUGUUAACAACCAAUCAACUUGUUGAGGUGGACAUCGUAAGUCUGGACAGAGGCAGCUGUACGCAGGUUUGGUCUUCAUUCCCAUGAAAUGAUUAAUUUUUCUUGUCCAUCUAACAUAAUAAAUUAAUUUGGGUUCGUUGUCGGUAUGAAAACAAAACAACAAAUAGAAGACGUUAUACGAAAUGCGCGAGGAAAAUAAAAUAGCUACAAAGAAAACUAAAAUGAACCUGGGGCGAUUUCUAUUCGACCAAAACUCCAAAAACUUUGCAAGUGGCGCAAACAAUGUUUCCAAAAAGUUCGAGAACUGUUAAAUGUCUGAAAUGCGAUCUACUCAACCGAAAAAAAUUCUAGAAAUUCCAUGAGCAAAGUUGAAUUGAAAGAAAACUUCCGGAAAGAAACUCUUCGAAAAUUUGGGUAUACCUCGCGAGGUUGUCGUCUUUUUUCUAAAUCACGGAUGAUGCUGCUCCAUCCGGACUCUGACCGUUGCCAGAAAUUCAGUCUGGAAGUUUUCGUUGAAUAGAAAGUGCCCCUCAACAAAGAAAAGCUGCGCUUUUUACACCCCGGUAACCCAUAAUUUGCUUUGUUUACUUAACCAAGACCGUAGAUGCUUUACUAGACGCAUUUUACCGCACAUGCGACGAAGUAAAGAAGUGUUUAUUAGACUCUCUGGAUAAUAUGUAUCGGUAAGUUUUUACAACUUUUAUAUUACUAAAGUCAAUUGUUUGAUUAUCACUUCUACUCCAAGCGCGCCUCUCCAUCAAGAGAUUUACCCUAGAAGGUAUUAGGCACAUCGCGGUUUCAAUUUAGUGACCGAAUUUACAACAAUUUUUAAAAAUCAGAAUGUGUACUAUAAACGUAUCUCACAGCUUCAAAUCAGUUCUUUGCAAAAUGCACGGCUGAAGGUUACAUUCGUGUUUUUUUUUCUUUACGUAGAGGAUAUAUGGACACUUCCAACAACUGGGUAGUGUGAUUUCAUUGUUUAAUACAUGAAAUUUUCUUCCUCUAACAUGAAAAAGCAUGGUGGACCUUCAGUCUAAUAGCUGGGACCCUAAUUCCUCUUCUGUGUUGUUGUGUUGUUUGAAACAGAUAUCACUGGGUUCGUGAUUUUGUGGCCAUGGUCGUAUGUACAACGUCACUUCACAAAAGCCUGUAUUGUCAGUUAUGGCGAAGAACCUGCCUGCAGGUUUGUAGUUGUAAAUUGUAACAAAUUUAUACUUUCUUUCUCUUUAACUGUUUUUUAGAAAGAUGUAUCUCACAUAGUCACUCUGAGUCAACAAUAUUUCUACGUUUAACAAGAAUAGAGCGGCCAAGUUCCCUGUACACUUACCCCGUUACAGAUUGCGCAUUUUUAGUGGCUAGAAUUGAAGUUUGUAGCUCUUAACUGUUUUAGCAAUUUUCUCACCGAAGUAAGAGAGUGCCUAUUCUUAUUAGAAAAAUAUCUCGCGGGCUAAAGCUAAAACUGCAAAUUCCAGUCGUGCAAAUUUUGGUGGAGUUGUUAGAAUAGCGUGGAACUUAAGUUUAUGUGUGUUGCUUAGGGUCGGGAAACUGUCUGAAGUCAACGCUUGAAACCUUCGUCAGACCUUCCAAACCUUCCCGUAGUAGCCGGGGUUCGAAAAAAAAUUCUGUCUCUUCGCCUGAGACAAGUAGAUUUCCUUUUUUUGAGAGGUCUUUCAAGCAACAACCGAGAGAUAAACUUGCCAUUAGGUAUCUUAUAUCCUAAAAUUUAAUUAAAGCUUUAGUAAUAAAAUCCUCUUUCUUUCAAGCAGGGUGCAACAUCAAGUAACCAAGACGUGCAAGGCCUGGCAGUGUUUCUUUGCUACUUAUGUAUUAACCAGACUAACAUGCUUCCAGUACUUCUGAGAGGAAACCUCCAUACCGCGGAAAAGAAAUUUCCAGAUGUUUGUACGGUAAUAAACGGGAGAAAUGGGUAGCAGAUAGAGCGAGAUAGACUCCAUACACACAUAUAUGUUUUCAGUAACACCUUACGAAGUCACACUUGGUGCCAGGUCACGGUGCCCGGAUACGGGACUCAUUGGGCACGAAUUUUCAAGUACCCGCGCCCAAAUUCAGGCACCGUAACGGUACCCGAGUCCCUGUACUCUGGCAUUAAUAGUGGUCACUGGAUCCCUGUAUGAAUACCUUUUUUAUUGGUACCGUGGCAAUUCACUGCUUUCUAACUCCCUGCUAAGCUCAAGUUUCAAAAUGGCGUCUAAAAGGGCGAAUUGGAGUAACUAUGUACACAGUUACAUAUCGGGUACUCAAGGCACUGUGAACAUGGCACUGUUUUGUCACUAGUGUCAGUACCCAGACACCAGUUCUCAGGAACCAAAAGGGGACAGUCCCUAUAAUAAAUAAUAAUUUCCUUUGUUUCACAGAUUUGCUGCUUUCUUGAUGUCCUGUGUGAUCAUAUUCCACUGUGUACGAGCCGUUGGAUGGAGUUUUUUCUGAGGUAUUUUUCAAAAUUUCGAUUGUGAUGCAUUAAUUCGCCACAUACUCUCACCUCGCAAAAAUACUUUACUCCCUUCCUAGAUUUUCAUGCACAUAUAUGGACCACGUGCUUGAUGCAUUCAGUGGGAGUUUCACCGAAUUAAAGACCGAUGUUGGACGUAAGUCUGGUAAUGUUUAAUUACAGUUUAGGGGAACCGACCGUAGAGGGGCGAAACAUGAAGGCUUUACAUAACUCAGUUGAAUUAUGAAUGCUUUUGCUAACUGGUGUGGUCCAACAUACACGAUCGUAAGUGUGUAAUAGUAUUACAGCAUUACCUCAGCAGAUACGUUCCUUCUUUUCCCAGUGCAUACUGCUUACCUGUCGCCAGCUAUGCUCAGGAAGGUAAGAUUUAUUCGUAUUUUUUCUCGCUUGACGUUUUGCGUAGAUCUGUGCGCUGAAGUCACUGCUUCUUAGCUUGGUCGAGCGCCAGCUCGGACAAUGUAGAUUCUCCCUCGCCAGUCAAUUUGUUCUAGCAUUGCCCUUCAGAGUUUUCCGACAGUGGCGAACACGGUGUCUUCAAGAAACGUGUUCGUUGUAAGUGGUCGUAGGUCUCCCUCUCCUAGUUUGGCCUAGACAUUAGGCCAGGAGCAUCCUCGGAGACCCAGGGGCAGCUAGUCGGGACGAUAGAAUGUUCGUGAUGAAAGGUUACUGUAAGAUCCAGAAGAGCUAAUAUAUUUCUGCCUAAGCAAAUGCGAUUUCCGACUCUGUUCUUAAAAACCCACGUAAAACCCGGCUUGUUCAAUUCCAUUAUGUACUAAUUUUUUUUUGUUUCAGACGUUUUAUCUUUUACAUCGGCUUAAUGUUUGCGGAGAUACAUUCCUCUUCAAGCCGACUCUGCCAGAAGGUAUUUGUCUUAACGGAAGUACAGUGUAUCGUUCAUGUCACGAUGUAGUUCCUUGAGACAUAGAUCAAGACGUUUUAAUUACUUACUGCAAGUCGUCUGCGAACAAUGUGCUGCGCUGCUUACUGACAUCACAGGGGCCCACACAAUCUGUGUAUGUAGCCGAUUGUUAUUUUAUAGUAAAUAUACUGCAUUUACCUUUUGCUUCAUCUAUAGCGAGUUCGCCGUUUACUGUUCCUUCUAUCAUAAGGAACAAUAAAUGGCGAACUCAAAAUCGUUCAAAAUCGCUCAAAAAACCGCUUUUGAGGCAAAAGGACGACAGCAUAUGGCAGGUAAGGUAAUUCAACGUUUAUUUAACAUUGAUUUUAUAUAUACAUACUUAGCGAUAUAUCGCUCUAGGUAAGGCAAGCGAUAAAUCCUUUACUACAAAAGAACAGUCGGUUACACACACAGAUUGUGUGGGGCCCCUGUGAUUAAACCUUCGCGAUCAAAAGUUACCGUGUAGAAACAAUUGUCUGAAGCACCCAACAGGAAAAUUGUGAAGCAUGAUAAUGAGCAACAUGGAACAUUUUGCAGUGGCUUUCAUAAAUUUAGGCUUGGUUUGUUUAUCGACAUGAGAGCGAUAACACAUUUGGGCGUUACGUUUGAAGUUAGAGUAUUCCAGCAGUUAAAUUAAUACCUCUGCAGUUGUGUUUAAAACGAUUUGCAUGUGGGUUUAAAUUGAGUUUAAAAUGUGCGGAUACUUUACAAAAUAUUCUUUGAAAUAUUCGAUUAAGGUUCUUACUGAAUCAAUACUCCCUCGAGAAGUCAGUGUAAAAGGUCGCAAAAUUUAACAGCCGUCAUUAGUGGGAUCAUUACAGUCACGUUUGAAAACUUUUUUUGGAGGAAACAUUGAAAAGUGACUGUGGACUGGUUAUGAUGAUGAAUCUCUCUCUCAAAAAACCCGUGAAGCCUACUCGGUCUAAUUUUUUCUUCGUCUUGUGUAUUCACAAAGCUAUAGCUGUGGUUGUGUGUUUUGAAUUGUUUAUUUUUUUUAAGAUCUGGUUUGUAUGGUGAAAAAGUUGGUCUCUGUACAACAGUUCCAACAGUUGAAGGAAAAAGAGGAAAAGGUACAUACCGCGCUAUUAGCAUUACAGAGAGAUUGUAACUCUAUCGCACUAGUUAGUUCCCAGGGUAGUGUUAACGGAAUAAACUUUCCUGGGCCCCAAUCAACAUGUUGUUAUCAACGGACUUGACAUUGACAAUGGACCUGCUGUGCGGCAAGAAAUCAGAUUUGCCUCUUAACGUUCAGUAAUUUAAUAUCAUUAUACUCGAGUUGGAGCUCAACAGAGAGAGCUAGAGAACUUUUUUCCGCUUUUUUUGUAGUACGGUAACUGAACAGAAUGCUACUUACAACGAGUCAACUAGUCAAAAUAACUAUGACAUCGUGUAUUUAAAAAAUUUUUGACCAUUUUUAACUCCGUAAAAAAAAUAUGCCGAGUUUUGAACCAUCGCACACUUUGACGAUUUUCCUGUGCAUGGAGACAAAGGCCAUUUUCUGCGACAUUUAUGUGUCCAUGCAUGCGCAUAAAGGGUUUUUUUUAUGCACGCUAUACUACUUGUCGAUUCCAAUUUAGGGGGAACCUUGCGUUUGUUAUUUAGUUACUGAUGUUCAAAUUCGCACCUAUUUUCUCUGGGCAUAUCUCAAUUUAUGCAUCGUGUUAGUAAUAAUGAUGUAGUAAAUUAUAUCCUCUACUGGUUGUCAUUUUCAGCUGACUUUUUCCGAGUGGUGUCGAUGGGAACUGGGUGUAUCCGCCAGGGAAGAUUUCUUAUCAGAUAAUGACAGGUCUGUGUUUAUGCUACAAAACUUUGAUUUACGAACAACCUGGGCGUAUAUGGGGUCUUCUCUCUAGUUAGGUAACUGAUGUAUUGCUUCUGGAACGUGAAUCGUAAACGGUGUUGACCAAGCUCUUUAAAUUCAGAUGUAGAAGUGUUAGCAGUGACCACAGUGAAGUAACCGUGAAAUCCAUCUCAGAUCUUGGCCUAACAGAAAAAAAAAACUGAAGAGGAACGAAUCCAUAAGAUAGCAAUUGUUUUCAUUACGUUAGGUAGACAAUUUUCGACAGGUGUCGCACAGGAUGAAAGGGCCUAAAUGUUCUCAAAAGCGUCGAUUAAAUACGUUAAUUUGACUUCCUCUGUUUUGACCAAAAUAAAACCCUUGUUAUUGCUUUCCCAUCUUACCCUUGUGCGUUUGUUUUUUUCUUUUUGUUAUUGACAGGCGUAUUUAUCAUCAGUUCAGAGUGUUGGACCACUUCCUUCCCCUGGGUACCCUAGAUGGUGGUUGUAAUGGCUGCGCCAGUAAAGCAUGCUCCGUUAUCUUCCGUGCUCUGCUAAACGCCGAGAGCAGGUAACCAAGUAUAUUUUCCUUAGGGAAUAUUCAAUAAGUUCAACAUGUCAGACUAUUUACUAAUAAGUGGUUAAGGUUGAGUAUGAUGCCAGAACCCUCCUGUCUUCACCCUGAUUGACCCUACAGCUAUUAACUGUGGCGUCCGUGUUUUGGUGGUGUAUGCAACUAUAUGCAGUUGACUAAUUUGUUCAGUACAUAAUACAAGUUUUACUUUUCUCUUUUUGAAGGUCUCUUCAAGAACAGAAACCUGUUGACAUCAGCCGAAAUGACAUGAUCAACCUGAUACAGGUUAUACUGUGGCACUUAAAUGGAAGAUAGGAGAAGCCUGCCUGUUCUAGAGUUCGCCCUUCCUCCUUCCUUAACAUCAUUAUAUCGCUCAUUAUCAACGUCCAAAUUCUAUCAAAUCCAUUAAUCGUCGUCAAGAGCCUCAUCAAUGAUGCACUCUUUGGUUAAAUGUUCAUGAGACUGUUGAUUGGUCAUAGGGUGCUUAUUGGAGAGUGGCGUUGUAACAAAAAUUGAAGUUUUAAAGGGGUGUUAAUUAGAUAUGGAGUGUUAGCUAGCUUGUUUACGGAAUUGAAUGGAUCGAAUGUUUAUUUCAGGAACUUGUUACUAUGUUGCCUCAGCUGAGUAAUGAUACUGGUCAAGAAACAGAAGCUGAGAAUUCGUGUGAUCCAUGGCUUUUACAACAGUUUUAUUCUAGAAUGACAGAGGUAUCACACACCACCCUUUGAAAUAACUCUGUUUAAAAUGCGUAUUUGCGCUGGGGGUGUGAUUUUGUUCAGGGGAAGGCUUGUCGAGUUGAUUACUUUUAGUUCCCUGGCAAACUUUUUUGCUAAUUAAACAGUCAAGCAGAUUUCAAAGAUUGCUUCCAAGAAACAAAUUUGAACUUCGAUUCGUUUCCACAUGGCUCGUUCUCAAUUCUGAUUGGAUACCGUUAAGUCUCUGUUAUAAACCCCACCGUUUAAAAGCCGAUAAAUUUGUAAACAGAAAUCUUAUUUCAGCUAUAAGUUCCCCUUAAGUCGUCAUCAGCUUGUUUCGAGACGAUUUUUGACAAUGUAGUUGACAAAUAGUAACAUUAGUUUUGUAUGGUGUAUUUUUAAUAGGUUCAAUUUAACGUUGAACAGAGCAAGGCUAAAACAACAGAGAGUUGCGAUCUACUGCCAGCGUCAAAGACUGCUUCUUUUAUAAAGUAAGAUAUGUUUUGACCAUUUCCCUUAAUUUUUAAGCCAAGCAUUCUACAAGGUUAAAAGUUGUUGACGUUAUUGUUGUUGUCUGUGUUUGUUUAUUACGCGCUUUUACUCUCUCGACCUGAGAUUAAUCAUAAAACUAUGCAACUUGCCCGCCCUUAAUUCAUGGGGGAUUUGGUUAUUCAAUGACCUCCAUAUAGAGAGUCGACAAAUACCACCGAAGAGCGGUGUGUGUCUUAGAGAGAGUCUACUUUAAUACAUGCAAUGUAAAAAAAACUCGUACUGUUUUUGUUUAAUUACAGAUUGGCUAUGCGUCUACCCCCGUAUUUGCUGUUUACUAAUAAACUGGACAGCGACCCUAACGCACAUUCAAUCACUCGUGUUGCAGAUUUUAUUUAUUCAUACCUGGUAAGUGUAACUGGACAUACCUCUCUCUUUACCAUUAUAUUAAUUAAUUUAUUUGUUCAUUUAUAUCUGGCUUAGCAUAUAAGCUAAUUAGAACAGACUCUUAUAAAAAAUAAAAAUAAAAUAAUACACGAAAAUCCUACCAAAAUUGUUGGCCACCCACGUUAUAUCGUAUUUUCAAGUCAUGACAGUGGUUCUUCAUACCUCUGUGACAAUACUCUGGACUGGCGCAUUAACAUAUUUUCCUCUUCUUUUAUCUCUAUCGUAGAGACCUUAUUUGAGUGACGGGGGAUGUCUUCCUUUUGACAUAACCAGUUACAUUUUAAAGGUACAUGUUAGAGCCAUUUGGAUAUAAACUUAAUAAACUUAGAACAAGUGAGCACGAUCAAAACAAUCGAGAGUAACUGGAAUGUAGCGAGUUAACUGGUUUAGCGAACUAAACACGCAUGGCUUUUGGUUGGUUUGGCGACCAUACAGAGCCAAUGAGUGGUUUUCGGAAUAACUUAAAGGGCGCUUGCCAUUUGUCAGAACUGGCUGGCCAGACCAGUGCAAUCUUAAGGAGAUUCCACUAUCAAUCAGGAUUAUCUAGCCAGAUCAGCUUAUUCUACCAGUCUGGCCGGUCAAUUCUGGCUUUUGAAAGUGCCCCUAGUGACUAAUUGGCAUUCUGAUUUUACUUUUUUUGGCGGAUGAAAUAAAUUGCGCUGGAAAAACCAUGGAACUAAGAAAUGUCCAAUCUGAUUCCCGAUGAGAAUUAAACCAAUGAGAUCUCAGAUGCUGAUUGGGUGAUUUGCGCGGCUACUAAGCUAUGGAGAAACCUACUGUGAGAUGUGUUAUUUACCGCGUUCAUGAGUGACAUUAACCUCUAAACCUAGAAGAUCUUUAUGCUUCGUCACUGGUCCUGUGGGUAAGGAUCGCGUGACGAGGGCCUAACAACAUCUGCGUUGCAGUUUUGACGUUUGAUUUCAUAACGAAAGGGGAUCGCUGUAAAUAUUAUAGUAGGGCUGAAACUAUCAUUAUUGGAGUCAGUUCUCAACAUUUCCUUUUUUUUUUGGAAUGCCCAACGAGCAAUCGCUGCUGUUUAAGUAUCAAGAAGGAAUGCACUUCAGCAUGUAUGUCAAUGAAAAUUACUGAACUGCCCUUCCCUUUCUCCUGCUUGGUAUAUUUGUUCUUUUCUUAUUAUGACCAUCCCUUCUCUCACUACUACCAACAGAAUUCUAUUGUUUCAAUUUCACCACCACCAUCAAAUGGUACAUAAUAUGAAGCAAAAGUCAAUGUUGGAUGUCGUUUCCGUUUUCUUUACAGCCAGCGGUUUUUAUUUGAUGAAUUUUGAUAUUCACUUUUUCCUUUUAUUCUUUUAGGCUUUGCUAACUUACACCAGAUCAUCUCCAAGUAAAUCAAUAACUACUGGCUCUGAGCUUUUCUCUAGAUUUUUCAAGGAGUGUCCCUUGUUCUUUGUUUCUACUCAAGUAAGUCUUUUCUUUCGCAAAGGUUUCGCGAUAGUGGCGAGCAGCCGUCUCUCUUGAAUGAGGCCUGGGUUUGAUUUGUCUCGUGUUCAUAAGCCAAUCAGAUCUCAAUCUCGAUACAUGUUUUAAGUACAUAACACUUGCGUCGAGAUUAACAUCGUCAAAGAGCAAGGAAUAUUUUGCAUUCUUGAUUUGCUUGAUUUUCUUCUAACAUUACUGAUAUUCUUCUCUUGAUAGCAUUAUUGGAAACAGCUCAGACCUUUGGCUGCAAGCCAUCGUAACUAUACAUGCGCCGUUCUACAACAGGCCGGGUCGUUUUUAAACUGGAAAAACAGGUUUGUCUAACCCAAAAAGGGCAAUACAUAACAAAAGGCUCCAACGGGAAACAGAUUGAGUCGAUUUUACUUGAACGAGUGGAAAUUGGAGGUAGACUAAAAAGUGUGAAUCAUGUUAGUUUCAGGCAAAACCUUCUUUGAAUACCAUCUUCCGACUUGGAAUUGAAAAUUAUAUUACCUUUCAUUUGAAUGUUAUAUUGUAGGAAUUUAGCGUCAGUCGUGAAAGUUACAACCACGCUGUAUAUCAGUAUAAGGGGGUAUAGAAUAAUAUAUGAAUAAUAUAUUUGCGAGACUGUCACACCCUUGUAGCUAUCUAAAAAGAAACCUUAUAGCCAAUACAAGUACAUGAUUGCUCGUUAGAAUUACAUCUUCGGACUUUAGAGCUAAACCUACAUGACGUAAGAUGGCUUAUAUACGGUGUAGUGAUAAAACUUAAACUUCUUAUCGGGUUUUCCUUAGCGUUGAGACAGCCCAAAGUGCGUCCCUGAGUGAACUAGAAGGUUUUGAUGUUUAUGUACUGGCAUCAGCUAUCGCAGUGUUUCUUCGUGGCGCAAACAGGUAGGACAAUUCACUAUCGUGUGAUAGUUACAUAGUGCUAUUUUGAAGGCGUUUGUCAUACGUUUCCAACCAGGCUAUGGUUGUUUAAAAGAAAUGUGGCUCGUGCGGUAAUAAAGGUAAAGAGUCCUUACUUUAUGUCGGUAGCUCAAAAUAGUCAUUAUUUGACUAACAAACCUGAGGCCGAUGGUGAGCUGAUUUUACUCCCUUCUCUCCUUCAGUGCUCCGUUUUACUGGUAUUUAAAGAUAUUUACUAAGCUACAUGGAAAAGAAAGAAGUCGAAACAAGGAUUUGAGGUCACACCAGGGAAUCGAUCUCAGGAUCUCUCGCACGGAUGGCCGUGCACUAACCAACCGUGCCAAUCCUUGCGCCUGUUAUAGUCUUCUUCUGUUAAGUGGUCGUUCUUUACUAGUGUUUUUUUGUAGGCCUCUCUGCCCAAGAUCUCCUGGGACCAGGUUCGUCAGUAGGGGAAAGGGGCGAAAAAAGAUUGAAGCGAAGCGAGCCGAGCGGUACACAAGGCGCACUUCGCUUGCAGAUUUUUGCUGUUUCACCCCGUUUUUUGCCUUCCCCUCCCCCACCACCUAUUGAGCCUGGUCCCCGGCUAGGCCCAAGAAAGGUGUUAGUUUUCUGUUGAGAGGACUACCAAAAAUACCCCUUAUCGACUCUCUAAUGCCGUUUAUUGGACUGGUGUUUAAAACUGGUCCAAAAGAACUUUGUUCACAUGUUUUAACCUUUGAUGAUAAUUGUUUUAGUAGAGUCAUGAUGAACCUCAUUGUAGAGGAAUUGAAGGCGCCCACAGAGUUUACGAGAAAGGUGAGGCCAUCCUUCAAGGUCUAGUUACGUGGUGAUACAUUUGAUUAGCGGUUAACUGGGAAUAAAGUGCACUAUCAUUAGCAAUGUUAACGAAUUAAUAAUCGGGUAAAACUGAUACAUUGCAGCUGGCUGGCUGUUUAUUCGACUGCAUCGUGGCAGAAUUCUCACAGAUGUUGCUCCAUGGAAACGAGGUUGGUAAUAAAGAGAUGCCUAAGAAUUCAGAAAGAAAAACAAGUCCCCACCCUCCCCACCCGGGUUUAUGAUAUUUUCUCAGGGAGGCUCUAUGAUUGGACAUUUAUUAUGGUCAGCAAUUUUUUUUACGCAGAUGAUCAUUUUGAUUACCGUUAAAUACUGUAAAUUCCAUGAACUGCAACACUAUAAGGGUGCUGUUUACAUGGAGGGAGGAAGAUCCUGGAAGGUGGAUCAUCCUAGCGCCAUAUGUUUUCUGUGAUCAGUUUACAUGCAAAGGGUUGUACUUAUCCCUAGUAGAAUCUUCCUACUGCUGAGUGGUAGGAAGAUCCUGGUACAAGGAACAUCCUAGCACCAUGUACUAGGAACAAACCAGAAAAAGAUGGUGGCGGGUCUUUUAAUGGGUAAUCAUGGCAAUAAACGCCGACCAUUUCGUUUGGCUUUACGACGAGCUGAUAAUCUUUAAUUCGUUCUGUACUUAUAACCAAAUGGACCGAAAUUUCUGUAUGUAAACCCAACGGAAAGUUGUGCCGCCUCUUAGGAUUUUCGUGGUGCUAAUGAUCUUCCUUCCUCUUUCUAAACAGCCCCUAACAAACUAACGACAGGAUCCACAACACAAAGAAACACCCCAGAAAUACGCUACUUUAUUAUUCUUAUCGUAGUCUAUACUGAAGUUCAUAAAGCAGCUCAAAGUUUAUAGAAAUCUAACUUUACGUCCGGGCUUGUCUCUUACAGUUCUGAUAAAUUAUAAUAUGGUUUUUUAAGCAUUUUAUGCCAAUUCCCAAAUAAAGUCCCCAGAGGUGUCUCGUACGAGUCUUUUUUUUUUGUUUGUUUCGAAUUUGGAAGGAUAACAAGCGAAGGGGCGGUAACAUGUAAACGUAAUCUUAUAACAAUUACGCAGGUCGAUUUGGCCAUUCUGGUGGUAGCCUAACAAGUGAUGAUUUUUACAGAUAGAAGAGAAUGCUGUACUGACGGACUUUGCUUGGGUAAGACUUAAGAAAUCCGGCUCCGAUUUACUUCAAACAUCAAAUGUUAAGUGGUUUUAAGAGUGAUCAUCACUUUUUGUUUUUGUAGCAACUACUGAGAUGUUUUCCAAGAACAUUACUGGUGUUUAAGAUUGGUCAGUAAAAUGUUUGUUUUCAAUAUAUAUUCGGAGAAAUACAAUCAAAAGACGGUAUUUUAUACCCUCAACCUUUUACAGCCCUUUAUUGCCUUUUUUAUUGGCUGGGCUUUAACAAGAAGUUUCUGUUUCCAGUGUUGUUAGCAUCGCAUGUGGCACAGGCCACCCCACCCACUGAAAUUAAGGGUGGUUUCUGUGACUAGAGACAACCUUUUUUUCCCUUUGCUCCAUACCCUUAAGUGGAUGCCCACUGGAGAUAGUUGGUUUUGUGGAGGCAACGAAAGGUGAUGAAAUCUCCAAAGAUUACAUUCACUGGGUUGUAUGCCACAAAGUAGGAAUGCAUUAUUUCGUUUUUUAUCUUGUCUUGUCUUUCCAUUUUUAGAUGAAAAUUGUGAAUUCAAGGACGACGUUAUGCGCCUCAGGUUUGUUGUUUACGCAUAUCUGCGACUAUCGUUAGUCUUCUUCACAGCCGUUAAUUAUUAGCGUCCCUGGAGCGUUGCGUGACGACCCUAAUAACACCUGUGAAGGAGGCAACCUGAGGCUGGGCGAGGUUGCUGCUACCCACUUGCAAAUAGUUGUUUCUGGUCAAUACUCUUUUACUUUGUUAUUUGAAUUGUAUUUUUCUUUUAGGUCUUUAAUCCUGAAAGAACACUUGAUCAAAUUGUACCCCGCUGUCUUCUUCAGGUUUGCCUUGCUUUGUUAUUAAAUGAUCCGCAACCAGGGUUACUUUUAUGAUUGAAAUACAGCGCAGCAAACGUUUUAACAGCCUUGGAACGCAAUUAUAUGCAGUCAGUUAUAUGUGAGCUGAGUUUUGAGUGUGUCACAGUCAAUUUCCUACGGAUGAAACCUCCUUAUAGUAAGACUCCUAUAAAACGAAACGGUGAAACAAAUGAAACUCUUGGUCCCAGUUAUUCUGUUGUAAAAUGAAUAAAACAGACCCAGUCCCUUGCCAGUGAAUAUGAGUAUCUUGUGAUUUGGCCGCUGGUCUAGUGACUAGAGCGCUGAAGAUGUCGGUUCGAGUGUUGCUAAAACGUUCCAGUGUCGCUCAACCCAGGUUUAUAUUGGAUAAUCUCAACAUAAUUCAAAGAUAACAUUCCAUAAUAGCUACUCUCGUAGGCUCGUAUUUCAGGUAUUUGCCUCCUCUGACACUACUAAGUGCGCCUGUACCAAGCGUUAACCAAUUAUAAUGCACUAUAAAAUACGGUAGUUUAACUUCACGUUGUUCAGCUUUUCUCAUUCCUAACUUAAAUGUCGCCAUCAUUUAAUAAGGGUUAAAAAUAAUCCUUCCAUUUGUAAGCGAUAAAAGUAAACAGUUACAGUCAUUUACUAUGAGUGUUUCAUUGUUGUAACUUUAUUUCUCUCUCUCUUCUUUUCAGUUUCUUUACCAAAUUUCCCCGUGAGGCAUUACGCGAGGUACAGUACAUUCAAAAAGAUAUCUUCACUACUCUUAGGCUGCGUUCGAUUGUGAAAUCUGGAUUUGGAUGUUGAAAUCCGGAUUUCACAUUUAGCAGUCAAACGCGAAGCCCGAAAGUGGAUUUCAACUUCGAGAAAUCCGUAACCGAGGUGGAUUUCAAUUAAGAAAAGCGAAUCAGGAUUUCAUGGAUAAAGGAUUUGAAAAACUAUUCUCGUGAACAGUUUCUUCUUUCUGCUAAUUAUGUAUGCGCGUGCGAGACCGCUGUUCUUGAGAACGGUUUUUCAAAUCCUUUUAUGGGUUUCCAAAAAAAAAAGAAAAAGGAAAGAAAGGAAAUCUCCGAAAACCACUGACGCGGCAACCGCGGCAGUGUUAGCUCAGUCGGUAGAGCGUGUUGACUGCAGGGCGGGAGGUCGCGGGUUCGUUUCCUGGGGCCGGACCAAUGCUCAGGGUCUUAAAAUAACCGAGAAAUGAAGGUACUCCCUUUGCACUGCAACAGGCUAGACCUUCGCGUGGCUCGGAUGACCACGUAAAAUGGCGGUCCCGUCUCCAGUUGGAGACGUAAAAUAUAGUGUCCCCAAUUAGUACUUUCGUGCUAAAUACAUUGACACUCUAAUAAAAGUGCAUUUUUUUUUUCAUAGCUUCACUAACCCCUCAAAUUGUAGAUGGUAAAAACCUAUUUAGUCUGCAGGUUUAAGCAGGACGCGUAGUUAAAUCGUGUGUUUGAACUACAAUGUCUUCUAAACUUUGAUUUCUACUAACCGCAUUGUUACAACUGCUUCGUCUUAGAUGACGAAGAUGAGAGGCUUUCUUGAAGUGACCUUGAGCAUGUACAAUUCCUUUGUUUUCCUUCGGAAAGAGUGUCUGGAAGGAGUGGCAAAUAAGACGGCUGUAUGUUCAGUAAGUAAAUACACCACGUGGACAGGCACGGAAGACACUGAUAGUAUGUAAAGUUCAUUUAUUGAUAUGUUUUGUGCACGCCCUGCAUACAUGGAUGCGCGAUGCUCAAGGGCCGGGGCUUGUGUUCUUUCAAAUCGCCUUUGUUUAGCUUCUCUCAAUUUGUCAAACGUAGGUAUUUUUCAGCGCUGUAUCUAACUUCAAAGUGAGAAAGGAAAUUUUUUCGCCGUGUUUUCACGUCCUCCAUAACUUCACAUCCAGAAGUUUCACUUCGUAGUCGUGCAGUGGACGUCUAAAAAUUGUACCAAAAGUGUGAUGUACGUGCAGAGCAGUUGUUUUGCUCAGAAAAUCAGUUGUUCAUGUUGUUGUUUUGACGUUCUUGCUGCCGUCUUCGUUCUGUUUGCUUGAGGUCAUGUUCAUACUACGCCGGACAACUUUUGCGCAUGCACGAAAACCUUAGCGGAUAGGGCUUCUGUUCACCGUUGUUAGACCGGCGUGCGUCUGAGUGCAGGGUGCUGCUGCCAGCACCAACCAACUAUCACCAGGUUAGCAGAAGGUUUCCUCCAUGUUUCAAAUGCGACUUCUCAUUGUACUUAUACCGUAGGCUAUAGGUACAGUAAAGUGUUUUCUUGAAAACACGCGCGUCAAUAAGCGGGAAGACAUGCUUUACUUGCGCAAUAUACCUUCCACUCAAAAACUUUUCUUUUAUCAAAGGUCAAUUUGAUUUUCAGUAAGCUGUGUGAAGUACAAAAUUCAAGUAAUCGGUAUGAAAACAUAGCGCAAAAAGUUAGCAAGUUUCACCAGUCGCUUAUUACUAUAACACUUUUAUGUUUGUUUGAUUACUCAGCCUCUUCACUUGGACUUCUGUCGUCAAGUUUCCGUGUUUGUUCGUGACUGUGUUUUAUCUUCAUCAGGAGAGCAACUCAGGAGCUUAACAAAGGUGGGUUUGAGGUUAAAAUAGAACCCCUACUACACUCGUCUUCGGUUAAUCCUAACUUCGCCGUUUUCCUGAAAUUAAGGCCAAUUCUGUUUGAUUUGCUUCAUUUUAGGACAUUCAUCGCAGUCAAUUUAGUCGAUUCACUCAAGAUUCCGUCUCUUCUUGAUUGAUACAUCAGGAUCUCUAUGCGCAUUUUACAUGAAUAAUCAUAAUAAAAAUCAGCAUCAUAGUGACAAAGUUUAAAUUGUUGUUGUUAUUAUUAAUUGUUGCAGGAUGUUAUCAGCUCCUGUACCUCGGAACUGCGUCAGUUUUUACAAAGCCAGCUCUCAAAAGUUCAAGAAAGAUAG